UUUAGUUUGUCGUCUCACCCCUUGCACCUCCGACUAGCACGAUUGGCUACGUACGGUGCGAAAGAAGUGCAGCAUACAGUACAUACAUUUGAAUGUGAAAAUUCAAUCUGUACAUUUCACGAUUCCGAAUUAAUACUCUUUUUUUGUACAGUGCUGUAAAAUUAAUGAGGUAGGAGAGCAAAAUGUUACAAGGUCAUAUUAGAGGCAUGUCAAGUCAUUGAUGUUGCCGUAAGAUUUUCAUGACUCACAGCUUUGCCUGGAUUUUUUUUUAUUAACCUUUGAUCUUGGGAUUUGGAGUUGAUGCAAGGUGUAGAUAAAUUACGAAUGCGGUUCUAUAAUGCGCAGAAUCAAAUAAUUACCCAAUGCUCAACUUCUAAUGACCAUCAGAAGGUGUUCAUCUCGUGACACAACCCAUAUCACAAAACCUCCAUACGAUAAAACCUACAGCUACAAAUACAUGUAUAUGACAUUUCCCCUGGCAUGUUUGCACAUAAUCUAAUAUAAACACACAGCAUUUGCAGUACAGACACGUGAGGUUUAUGCACGCCCUCGAGCAAAUAUGCUGUGGUCGUGUGAACAAUCAAAACCCCAUAAGUCAAUGUACAGUGGCCAAUUGUGUAAAAAAAUUAGUACGGUUCUGUAUAUAACGUCCCUCAAUCGCCCGCUGUGUUCUGCCCGCGUCUGUGAACGAUCCCAAAUAUUGCACGGCGCUAACGGGUCGCGGCGUUGGAGUUUCUCGUGACUUGUUAUGACCCAGUGGCAAAAUUGGAGCAGUGCAGUGCAACAAAAAAUACAAAUCGUAAGCUCGUUCCCACCACAACCACCACCACCACCAAUCCACUGCUCGAUAAAACGCCUCUCUCUCUCCGUACCAGUGUCAAGUCGUGGGGGUUGGUUUGAUAGUUUAUGACUCCUCUGCUUCGCCAUGCUGCUCAAAUGCGAAUGGUCGCCGUUGCCCGGAGUCGAACUUUGUUCAUUGGGUUCAUGGUUGAGCUCGCACCGACCAACCCUGUCCACCGCUCUGCUGUCAAUGGCAAUACAGCAGAGUACUUCGCCACAUAAUGUCUUGUCACGCAAGCUGACAAUGCUGUACUUUAGAUUAAAACUUUAGAAUUCGCAGCGUUGCGUAAUUGUAUGCAUUCUUGAGUUCCAAAGAGAUUAGUUCCAGUAUUUUUGGUUCAAUAGUAACACUGCACAGGACUGGUGGGCAUGCACAUAUUUCAGUUGAACUAACUUCCAGGUUUGGUAUAGUACUGUACUGUAGUUUACAAACAAAGAUAAUGGUGUAUACCUUUGUGAGAGAAGAGAACGACGUCAAUGUAUGGAAAGUAAUGAAGCCGAGCAGUAAUUGUGCUUCAUAUUCGUUGGGAUGUCAUUUCGUUUGGAGGACGUUCGAUUGCCGGCUGUGUAAUUCACACUGUGCUGCAAUUUAUCCGUAGCUUGCUCAAGCGUCAUUCAAGGUGGAAUGUGUUAAAGUAAAGUACUGUAUACACCAUGCCUGCGAAAUGCGCAAUUGUAUUGUGGCGACAGUUCUUGAAGUGCGCAAAUAUGAUGUUGGUGCUUUCGCAAACAAACUGCUUGGAAGUUAUGGAGUAGUUUACCAAGGGCAUUCUGGUUGUUUACACGUGUUUUAGUUCCUUGAUUUUACCGGACUACUAUACGGUAUACACAGAAACACCAGCAUUUUAUCAUUGCGGUUGUAGUUUGAGGUUUAUUAGAAGCAUUGAUAUAUUUGUUUCUUCUCGAAAUGCAUAUGCGGUCAGAUGAGAAGUGUUUUCAUGGAGAGGAAUGCAGUUCUAGUUUUAAAUAUUAACAAUGCCAUUAUGUUCAAUUACGCUGCUUGAAACAUUUCCGUGCAGUCAUGCCAUGACCUAAGUUGCCGUAAAAUGUGACCACUGACAACAAGCGCCUAUUUUCUGGACGUGCGCAGACACAGGAGACAUUAUUUGAUCUUUACUGUAAAUAGCUGCAGAAAACAUUUAAAGGCCAAUGUGGUCACCACAAACACUGUUUCCAGUGUCAAGGAUUUGUGCGCAUGGUGAUGCGUGUUCAGUCAUUUCACUUAUUUGGCCCCAGCGUAAGAGUUGUAGCAAGUGAAAGUUAGAACGCGCACUGGUUGUACACUGUCACAAAUGUGAGUUGAUUGUCAUACAAUAUUGUUGUGCAGUUGUGUGGUAACAAUAGAACCGAGAAUGUUGCAGCUGCGAAACUAUGGCACAGUUUUGAAGUUCAGCACACACAAAUAAUGUAAUGAUGCAUAAUUUGCCUUGUCAUUAACUUUUAUAAACACAGACAAAUUUAUUAUUAUUAUCGUACUAUGUUAUGCCAAGUUACAAUAGAUUAUAAUCAGAUUUUUCCAAUUAUAUUUUUUCUGUUUACGCAUAAAAUUCAAAUUUUCUUUGUUUUACAGUAAUGUAGAUGAACCUAAAUGUGGAGCGAUGGCACAGUGGUUAGCACACUCCUCUGGACCCGGCAACAUGAGUUUGAUUCCCGAUCAACCCAAACCGGUCCGAGUCCAUCCCCCCCUCCCCCAUUCUUCACCAAUCCACACUGAACACUGUUAAGCUCUUACAAUAUUAUCAAACAGCCCCCUUGAAUUAUAUGGCAUGGGACUUCAUCCAUCAGCGGAUUGACAGAGGGUUGUAAAUUGUUAUUAUUGUAAUGUCUAUAAUAUCAGAUCUUGUGAUAUUUCGAUUUGUCAAGAUACGAAUGUGUUACUGAAAUAUAAUCAUAGUUACAGUAAAUACUGUAAUGCAUUCUCCUCCACAGAGAUGAUAGCAUUGUUAUUAAGAUCAAUAGAGGAAGCCAAAUGGCGCAUCUUUGACUAUUUGGCAUUAUGGGUGCAGUCAUUUAUUAUUUAUGGCCGAAGUAACGCAUUAGAUGCUGAGGCUGUGCUCAAGGAAAGAGCCGAGGUGCUGGCUAUGGGUACAAGGGUUGGUUGGCCCUUGGCACACAUUUAAGCCUGACUGGCAGCACAAUGAAAGCUCAAUAUCCUUCAUCAUAAGGGAUGUUAAGAUGUUAAGUUCACUGAAAGACAUGCCAUGAAGAGGCAGAUGAAAUGUUUACCGUGAGUCUCGACAUGCACAUUGUUGAGAACAAUUUGUAUCAAUCUGUAUGGUAUUUCACGUGGACAUUUUAAGGAACAUUUAUUUUUUUGCAUUUAUCCCAAAAUCACAUAUUAACUUAGCAUGGUAGAUUUUUUUUGCGUGCACAUGGAUGAAAAUGUAUCAUAUUAAACACUUUAAUUAAACGUCCUUCCCCCAUACCUUCGAUUAGCACGGUUGGUUAUGCAUUGUGAAAUAUCAUUGCUUGGAAUGUCAUAAUAUUCCAGUAGUUACACCUGAAUAAGUCAAACUUUGAAAGUUUAAAUUGUGGUUGUGUGCAUCGCUUGGCUUGGCAUUUCUGUUAAUUCAGCAUAUCUGUAAAAAAUAGAGUUGCUGUGCCUUAUUAUAGGUUGAGAUUUUUGCCAUCUGUACAUGCAUUGGCUUGGCUAUUUUCAUCCAUUGCAUAAUAUGCCCGACUGUACUUGUCACAUCGCAUAUGUAUGUUAAAUAGUUGUGAUGUUGUAUACUGUUCUUUUAAAGCUUAGCCACAUAUUUUCACGUCGUCGCUGAAUGUGGUUAAACGCGUUUAUUGACAGGUUGCUUAUAGGGCAACACACAUGUAAGUUAUAUACUUCAGGGCACUGUUCAAGCCCCUCUAUUGUACUGUGUUUAAGCUCCUGGGAGAAUGAGAAUAAAUAAAAUUAGUUUCCAUGAAGUUCAAUCACUUUAAAUGCCAUAGCUCAGUGGUGAUGGCUCAAUUAUGAAUUAUUUUGUGGAGUUACACAAUUUGUCUUCACUUUAAUUGAGUAAGGAACAAUUUCCUAAUUAAACAUUUGCACUGGACUAUAAUCAAAUACAAUACAGUAAAGAGAAGGCAUGAGUAGUUGGCACAGUGUUGGUCACAGUUGGAAAAAAUUGGUUAAAUAAAAGAGUGCAUUGAUUCAGUAUUAGACGUUUUGUAAUACGUUUAUCUGAGCUUUACCUGGCUUAGUGCUGCCUUGGGGAGCUCUGGAAAUAAAAUGAGGAUCAGUGCUUUUCUUAAUUCUGCCUACUGUAGUCAGCACAUCAGUAAUGACCAAAAUACCAACAGCAUUUUUACAAACUUCCUCCAACCAAACUUCCAAUGUAUUUUACGUAUAAUACUUUACAAAUUAAAAUAAAAAGUAAUAGCCUUACAUAAUAUUCCAGUAUACCAAUACAGUACUUUCCAAUGGCAUAGAUUGUCGAAAUAAAAGGACCUCCCCUUUAGCAGAAUAUAAUUUGCACUUAGAUGCCAUCGAUCCUAAUUGUAAAAAAAUAAAAGUUGAAGCAAAUUAACAUGAUCCACUUUAUUUAAGGAUAUUCUUAUGAAAUACACAAUGCAUUUUUUUUUUUAAUCUGUAAAAGCACACGAAGGCUUAUGACAAUUUUUUUAGGAGAACCAUGCAGUGGAAAGUUUGGUCAAUUGCACAAAUAAGCGUUGGGAAUGUGAAUAGGAAACCAGAGUGCUCUGAAUAAACCCAAACCCAUGCAAGGGGAUUGCAAUCAAAAGCAUUGCACAGAUAGAUUAAAAUAUUGCAUUGUUCUACCAUCUUCUGGUCACCUUCCAGCAGAAGCCGACAGCACCUGGCAUUCUUAGACACUCUCCCAUACAACUACUGCUGCAUUAGCCAGACAAGCCUGCAAAAGCAUCGCAAUAUCUUACGAGAUUUGGUGCAUUCAGGGUGAGUUGGUUGUGCAUUGUAAAAUGUAGUGGAACCAUUAUACAGUGCUGCACUUGAACUUAACUUGGCAUGAUACAUGAAACCUUUGCGAAGUCAGCUAUGUUUGUUCCUUAAGGGAGUUUAGAGAGACAUGUUUGGUCAUUGCACCCAGCACUUUUACUUACAUAAACUUGCAAAGACUAUAUAAAUAUCUGGAUCUAAACCUGAAGUUGAAAUGUUGAUAUGGCAACACUGUUGUUAAAGGCCUUGGCAACUGGCUUGCAUGUUGAGGGCAAAUAAUCUAGGCUUUUGGUCUGCUUUAACCACAGCAGCCCCUGUAUAACAACAGUGGUAUGCCAUUAGUAGUAAUGACAAAGUAUUGUGGGUGUCUUGUUAUGGAACAGGAUGUUCCUUGCACGCAACACUCCUACAGUAAUGGGUAUAUGGAUUACAUACAUUCGUUUUCUUUAUAGAAACUGACAGUGCUCUAAUUGUUUUUAAUUGCAAAAUCUACUUGAAGGCAUAGUUCAUAUAGGCGACAGGCAUUUGUUGGGACCUCCGUAUGACAUGCAUUACACAACUCUGUUCCUUCUGACCUAUUUGCCAUGAUUAAAAAGAGCUCCAAGUUAUUUGCAUAGCAAUUUGUACGACUACGUGAGGUUAUUGUUAGAGGCACGCGUGAAAGUUGGCCAUCCUAUGUUUUAUUUGCUUAAACAACCAAAUACAGUAUAUUACUGCAUAUUUAGCUAUAAUAAGUGUGUAUUGCACACUUGCAUUUUAAAUAAUUUAACUUUGUAUUUUACAUAUUGUUACCAAAAUAGUUCAUGUAUGCAUUUGUAGUAAUUAUAUUAUACAUCACUUUUUGUCUUACACUUUGCGGUAUUUAAACUUAUCUAAGGUGAAUAGUUGCUCACAAUCAGUUAUCAGAAAGGAAGCAGUGGCAGCUGUUUAAUGCAUUAAUUAAUGUAAAUGCUUAUUUCGAUUAAGUAGUGUACUGUAAAUAGAUAUAGUACCAUUUUAAGCCUGCAGCCUUGAUAAGAGGAAGAGUAUACCCUUUACGCCACCAGUUGCAGAAAAUAGAAAAACCCUUGAAAAAGGGUGUGGUGCUAUCUGCUCUUGCUCUUGAACAUCUUGUAAUGUUUUGAAAGUGAGAUUAAGUUGGUCAGUUUAGCAUUUUGUUAACUACAGUCCUGAAAGUGUGUGAAGCGUCAAAGUACUCGAUUGUAAAAGGUGUUUCAUCCACAGUUACACUUCUGUGUUUUCUGCAUGUAAGGUGGAUGCACACAGUGCCAUAGUUUGUAGAAAAAAUAACGUGAAGUUUAAACAAAAUGAUUGCAUACUACACGUACCGAGGACGAAGAGCAUAAUGGAUUUUUUUUUUACAAAAUUCAAUAUAUUUUUAUUUCCCACUUUAAAAAUGUGUUUAAAUCUAACCACUGAUCGGAUGUGCUCUUGGUAAUUAGUCACAAAUACAACCUUUCAAUGAAGAUGUGUACUCUGGAGUGAUAAGUACUCUCUGCCAUUAAUUAAACUGAGCUAAUGAGGAGGGCUGUGCGGGAUAUAAAUGAUCUGGAGCAGUGUUUUUCAACGCAGUACGCUGCUCAUGUGUUAGUUGUUAGGGUGCUGGCUCCACAGUGAUCCAUUGUGUCUGUCUUGGCUUCUGGCUGCCUUCCCGCUGGGCCCACGCCCGGAUGGCCGGCCCUCUGACGGGAAAUAGAGCAUGACCUGCAACCUUGGGGCAGGAUGCGGUUAAGGCCCCCUGACCUCACAAGAAGAUACGGGCUGAAAAGUUUCACUUGCUGCGCUCCACAAGUUUGACCUUUGCAGCAAAGGUUUAUCAUGGAGCAUUUUUUGUUCAUGACGAUGCUGGGAUACAUAGUCAUCUCAAGGUUGCACGUUCAGGCUGAAACCAACACAACCGAUACAAUAACAGCGGCACAUAUUUCAACUACACGGUCUCCCUUGACAUCCUUGGCACCUGGACCACAUUUGACUGGUGGGGCGACACAAUUAACCACAACAGGAGCAAAGGCAUCAACGCUAACACCAACCAAUGGGUCAGCAGUAGAUAACUCAUCAGUGCCGACAGCAGCAAGUGGCAUGACCACUGCUGUGCCAAGCAAGAAACCUGGUGCGACAAACCCAACCACACCUGUAGUGACUUCCAAGGUACACACAACAAGGACAGCGACAGACAACAAGACAGAUGCAAUGAAUAUAACAACCUCUUCACCUCGGCACUACUUUAAUAUAGUCACGAAGAAAGACUACCUGUCACAAACAACACCUGCAGACACGACUACAACGUCAACUCCAAUAUCACCAUCUUCUGAUAGUAGAGAUUCAAUCAUCAUGGCAGCCUGUGUAGCUCUGGCCUGCAUUCUGGUAAUUGGAGUAUUCAUCAUUGUCCUCUACAUGUUGAGAUUCCGUAAGUACAAACACAAUGGAACCAACUCACUUCGGCUGGCCAAUGGCAGAGGAGAGGACGCAGAGAUGCAAAGUAUGCCAUUGCUGGCGCGUAGCCCAAGCACCAACCGCAAGUAUCCACCGCUUGCAGUGGAUCGUUUGGAAGAAGAAUUUAAUCGCCGAAGCGCAGAUGACAAUAAACUCUUCAGAGAAGAGUUCAAUUCUCUCCCAAGCUGUCCAAUUCAGGCGACCUGUGAAGCUGCCUCCAAAGAAGAGAACAAAGAGAAGAAUAGAUAUGUGAAUAUCCUGCCAUAUGAUAACUUCAGAGUCCACCUGACAUCAUUGGAGGGUGUCCCAGACUCUGAUUACAUCAAUGCUUCAUAUGUUAAUGGAUAUCAGGAGAAGAACAAAUUUAUUGCAGCUCAGGGCCCAAAAGAGGAGACCCUAAAUGACUACUGGCGGAUGAUCUGGGAACUGAACACUGCCACUAUCGUCAUGGUGACCAACCUGAAGGAAAGGAAGGAGUGCAAGUGUGCACAGUACUGGCCUGACCAAGGGUGUUGGACAUACGGAAACUUACGGGUGUCGGUGGAGGAUGUUACCGUGCUGGUCGAUUACACCAUCCGCAAGUUUCUCAUCCAAGUGGUGGGAGACAUUCCUAACAAGAAGCCUCCCAGGCUGAUCACCCAGUUCCACUUCACCAGCUGGCCAGACUUUGGAGUACCCUUCGCCCCCAUUGGCAUGCUGAAGUUCCUCAAGAAGGUUAAAACCUGCAACCCACCAUAUGCUGGGCCUAUUGUUGUGCACUGCAGCGCGGGUGUGGGCCGCACGGGGACCUUCAUCGUGAUCGACGCCAUGCUGGACAUGAUCCAGACAGAGCGCAAGGUGGAUGUGUUCGGCUUCGUGACACGCAUCCGUGCCCAGCGCUGCCAGAUGGUGCAGACGGACAUGCAGUAUGUGUUCAUCUACCAAGCCCUUCUGGAGUUCCAGCUGUACGGAGACACGGAGCUCGAGGUCACCUCGCUCGAGAGCCACCUGCAGAAGCUCUACAACAAGAACACUCCCACUGGCUGCACAGGCUUGGAGGAUGAGUUCAAGAAACUAACGACUGUGAAGAUUCAGAAUGAAAAGAUGCGCACUGGCAAUCUCCCAGCCAACAUGAAGAAAAACAGGGUGUUACAAAUCAUUCCUUAUGAUUUUAAUCGCGUUAUUAUACCUAUGAAGCGAGGAGAGGAAUUCACCGAUUAUAUAAACGGAUCUUUUAUUGACGGCUAUCGGCAAAAAGAUGCAUUUUUAGCUGGCCAAGGUCCCUUGCAGCAAACGGUUGAGGAUUUCUGGCGGAUGGUGUGGGAGUGGCGAUCCUGUUCCAUCGUCAUGCUGACCGAGUUGGAGGAGAGGGGCCAGGAGAAAUGUGCCCGGUACUGGCCCACCGAAGGCACGAUUACAUACGGCGACAUCAUCAUCGAGCUAAAGCAGGAGAAUUCGCACGACAGCUACACCGUGCGUGACUUCAGCGUGUCUAACACCCGGGAAAACAAGAGUCGACAGAUCCGUCAGUUCCAUUUCCAUGGCUGGCCGGAGAUUGGCAUUCCAGAAGAUGGCAAGGGCAUGAUCAGCCUCAUUGCUGCUGUACAGAAACAACAGCAGCAUACCGGCAACCAUCCCAUCACUGUGCACUGCAGUGCGGGCGCUGGUCGCACUGGCACAUUCUGUGCCCUGUGCACCAUCCUGGAGCGUGUGAAGACGGAAGGAAUUCUUGACGUAUUUCAGACGGUAAAGAGUCUACGAACACAGAGGCCCCACAUGGUGCAGACCUUGGAGCAGUACGAGUUUUGCUACAAGGUUGUACAAGAAUAUAUUGAAGCAUUUUCUGACUACGCCAACUUCAAGUAAAGGAAAAUGUGUAUAAAAAAGCCCGUUCCGAGAGUGGAAGAGCUUGGCUGUAGCUUGAUAUAAAAUUGCAUUGAUUUCGAUUAAAGCCGCAGUCGAUUCUCCACAAACUGAUUCCUCCCCCCCUACAUUCCAGGUCUUAAUAAAAAUGCUUUACAAACCACAGUGUAUGCUUGCAAAUGCAGUAAAGAAAUUGCAAUAAAAUGUAUUCAUUCCAAAUAGAAGGAAAUGGUCUUUGUCUGAGGCUUCGGCAAAUUAGCCGCAAUUCCAUUAGCCUUUUUGCAUGGAAAGUUUGAAAGUGUACCGUGUUGAAGGCUCAACAAAGCUAAAGACAUAUCUUUUGUGACCAAAAUUAAAAUAAUUUGCAUUGCACAGGGUCGACCAUUCAUAUUUGAAAAAAAAGGUCUUUUGAAACUUAGUCAUAUGGAAGCAAUGCCUUAGAGGCCUUCAACUAUAUUCCAAUCUCUCAAUUUGCUCUCUGGAGACAUUGAGAGUUGUACAUACAUCACAUUGCCUUUUUAUAUGUUCUCUUUCGUAACUGAAACACGUAUGUAAUGUUAUGAAGCAAGUGCAUUGUCUUAAUAAAUGCACUCAAUUGAAAAAUAUUCAAUCAGCCUCUAGAAUAUGUAGCAUGUAAUGUGACAUUUUCGGUUGCCAUUAUUUAAACAUCGAUUACAAAUGUAUUAUUUCUGUUCUCUUAUUGUUUUUAUAUAAUAAAGAUCGACAAUUUGGAAUGGGGGAAGCAGUGGCGCAGUGAUUAAUGCAUUUCACUCUGAACCUGGUGACCUGAGUUCAAUUCCAGAUCACAACAAACAUAUGUGGCCAGUUAUAUCAGAACCAGUCCUGCCCCCCCCCCCAAAUCACUAACCUGUGCUGACCAGUGUCGUAAAAACUAUGAUCUAACAACCCCCAGGACCGACGUGGCUCGAAGGAUUGUAAAUUAUUUUUACAUUUUCUCCCAAUUAUAUCACACCGUUACAAUUGGAAUGCAAUGUGGUCGAUUCCGGUAGUCUGAGGGUUCCAGCACCACAACACUUAGAUCACGGCUAAUAGUCCCUUUCACACCUUAAAAGCUUCCUGCAGCACAGCUGAAGACAUUUAUUAGAACGAAAUGGGGAUGCACCCUCCUUUGUAGGGAAUGAACCCCUUGGAUCUUUCACUCCACAUCGUGUCGCUGAGAAAAUUGCCCAUGUCACAUAACGUGACGCAUUGGAACAAGAAAAAUGCAAUUAAUCUGACCUUAUUUCUCUCUUUGAAUUCGUCUGUUCUUUACCAUUGUUUCCAAAUUCUGUAGGGCAAACGUAUCUUUUAUUUCAGUAAAAAUGUCAUUAUGCCCCGAAGUAAUAUACUGCAUGCAGAUAAUAACUUUUCUUUAACUUAAAUGGGACUCAGUACAGCAGUGAAGUGGCAACGUGUAGUGUUUUGUGCACUGCAAUGAACUGUAUUCGAUUGCUGGCCAGUUAAGAGUGAUGUUUGAACUGGUCCUGGGCUUGCUCAGUUUUGUCUAAAACCCCAUCACCAAUGUCGGUAGCGUUGUGAGGCCUUUAUCGAGCAGUGAAUUAAGAAAGGGGCGGUAAUUCUGCCAUUGGGGUAACCAGAGUUUUUGAAAUAAAUAAAAAUCUGCUCCAUAACUCCCAAGUGGCACUUUGUGUGGCAGGCUAUAAGCAUGACCCAUGUACGUGCGCACACAUUGACUUUGAACAGUGUAUCAUUACCGUCAAUACAUGUUAUAUGAUUAUGCUUUAUAGUUACUGGAUAUGGCUCGUAACACGAAUACAAUUGGAGUCUAGAGAUCGUGUGCAGUUAACUAAAAGCUGUGUUAUAAUUUGUUACACUAAUGUCAAAAAUGAACGUUUACAACAUUGCCCCGUUUUACCAACUUUUUCGUCAAGAGAUUGAAAUUGUAUAGUAUGCUAUAAUCACGUUGGUUAAAACAUUUAUUUGUAAAUAAUUGCUGUUUAUGCUGCCAUUUUAAGCGGUUCCUCAAUGUCGGUGGGAUAUUUUGCUAUGCGCUGUUGUAAUUUGCUUCGGACGUCACUUGGAUAUCUCAUUUUCAUGUGUACAUGCGUUUUGGACAUGCCUAUGCGAGACAUGUAAAACUUUAAGCAAAUUGAAUGCUUCUUUAUGAUGAAAAUUUAAAUUGGUUUAAUAUUUUUUUGUCUUAGUCGUGACCGAUUUUAACGGCAAGUAUUGUACAAAAGGAAGUGUGGUGAUGAAGCUCUUUGGGCAUUGAGAAUCCACGAGGUAUCGUGAGCACAAAUUUGUAAUUGUUAAAACAUUGGUUGCGUUUUUUUUUUAUUGCCAAACAGCUGUUGAUUUGAAUUUUAUAAAAAUGAAUGUGACACUCGCUAACUCUAAAGCGGUUCUAUUUGUGACUUUUGAACAUUUUGUUAUUUUUUUUAGAGCAUGAAGCCAAAAACCCCAGUUCGUAAUAACUUGUUUAAACCAUGCAAGUAACAUGUUGAUUCUUGUGUAGUUUUGUAAAUGUUAACAUUUGAUUCUUGCCAGCAUGCACUUGUAUGGUCAGCUAUUGUUGCCUAUGAGCGAAGUGUAUCAAUACAAUCAAUUCAGGGCUAUGCUUCACUCCAUGGGUAUGUGCAACAUUUUAAAAACAAUAGAGGCCACGUGAAUAAUUGGUAAAUGCUAAUUAUGCUUCUCUAAGUACAAACGGUAUGCUAACAUAUGGCUUUGUAUACAUUACCUUGUUAUUCAGGUCAAUAUUACCCUCAUGGUAAAGAUUUGUCCCCAGCGGGUUACCAUUCAGGGCACUGGGAAAGAGAGGACCCUAUUGCACCCUCUGGGUUUACAUUUGUAUCUGGAAGGUAAUAUAAAGUAAAUGCAUAAGUUGCGUACUAUGGCAUUGUGUUCUUCUUACGAGUGUUAAUUUUAAUAUUUUCACGUAUUUAUUUUUAUUUUUUUUAGGAUUUUAAUGUUAAUACUUUUUGUUAUUUCUAAAUGGAUGUUUCACAGACCCCUAAAAUAAAGUAUUAAUCAAUGUAAACCUACUAAUGACAUGCCGUUUACCUGAUUAAACCAUCUCUAUGACCACUA